AGCGGCCGGAGCAGCAUGAGCGGCGGCGGCGGCCGGAGCACAGUGGCGCCGGCACGGUGGGCGACGCGGCUGUUGGCGGUCCUGGGCUCUAUCCUGGCCGCGGAAGCCCAGCUCACAGGUGUCCUGGAUGAUUGUUUGUGUGACAUAGAAAGCAUUGAUGACUUCAAUACUUUCAAGAUCUUCCCCAAAAUACAGAAACUACAAGAACGUGAUUACUUCAGAUAUUACAAGGUGAAUCUAAAGAGACCAUGCCCAUUCUGGGCUGAUGAUGGCCAUUGUUCUAUCAAAGACUGUCAUGUAGAGCCUUGUCCUGAGAGCAAAAUACCUGUUGGAAUUAAAGCUGGGAGCUCUAAUAAAUAUUCAAAAGCUGCAAAUAAUUCCAAAGAAUUGGAAGACUGUGAGCAAGCUAACAAACUGGGAGCAGUCAACAGUACCUUAAGUAACCAAAGUAAGGAGGCUUUCAUUGACUGGGCAAGAUACGAUGAUUCACAGGAUCAUUUUUGUGAACUCGAUGAUGAGAGAUCUCCAGAUGCGCAGUACGUGGAUUUGCUGCUGAAUCCAGAGCGUUACACAGGAUACAAAGGGCCCUCUGCUUGGAGAGUGUGGAACAGCAUCUAUGAAGAAAACUGUUUCAAGCCUCGAUCUGUCUAUCGUCCUUUAAAUCCACUGGCACCUAGUAGGGGAGGAGAUGAUGGAGAAUCUUUCUACACAUGGCUAGAAGGUCUUUGCCUUGAGAAAAGGGUGUUUUAUAAACUUAUUUCCGGUCUUCAUGCUAGCAUUAAUUUACACCUGUGUGCCAAUUAUCUUCUUGAAGAAACCUGGGGGAAACCUCGCUGGGGACCAAAUGUGAAAGAGUUCACUCGUCGUUUUGAUCCCAUUGAAACGAAGGGAGAAGGACCAAGAAGGCUGAAAAACUUGUAUUUCCUUUAUUUGAUAGAGCUGCGGGCUUUGUCAAAGGUUGCACCAUACUUUGAGCGUUCCGUUGUGGACCUUUACACUGGAAAUGGCCAUGAGGAUGCUGAAUCUAAAGCUCUCUUACUAGAAAUCUUCAGGGAUACAAAGUCCUUCCAUAUGCACUUUGAUGAGAAGUCCAUGUUUGCUGGAGAUAAAAAAGGAGCCAAGUCAUUGAAGGAAGAAUUCAGAUUGCAUUUCAAAAACAUAUCCCGCAUAAUGGAUUGUGUUGGAUGUGAUAAAUGCAGGCUGUGGGGCAAACUGCAGACGCAAGGCUUAGGAACUGCUCUGAAGAUUUUAUUUUCUGAGAAAGAAAUACAGAACCUUCCUGAGAAUAGCCCAUCAAAAGGUUUUCAACUAACACGUCAAGAAAUAGUUGCUCUAGUAAAUGCCUUUGGAAGGCUUUCCACAAGUAUAAAAGAGCUGCAGAAUUUUAAAAUUUUACUACAGCAAACAAGGUAAUGAAGGCCUUUGUGCAGCCUCUUAGUGAAGACCAUUUAUGUGACUGCAUUGAGCAGAAGGAACUGAUCCUUACAGGACUCUCAUGAACUGAUUAAAAAGGAAAAUCAAAUACCAACUUGAAUAUUUAUGUUUAAACUACGAAUGGUUAUUAAUUAGAAGAGAUAUUUAUGAAUGAAGUAUAUAGUUUUUAAAUGUGUAAAUUAUGCUGAUCUGUUUUAUCUUAAGUUCUCUGCUCACAGUUCUAUCAUACUGAUACAACAUAAGUUUUCUUCAUCUUCUUGUCUUUCUGAGAAAGUUGUUUUAUAUGAAAACAUAUGUACCUCAAUCCUGACUUGGCUUGUCCUGCAAGAGAUGGUUCACCCCUCACCUCACCCAAGUGCUGAGCAUCAGUAUGUUCUGAGGACUGGGUAUGCCAAUUCUAGCUAUCUAGAAGUAAACCAGAAAAAGAAAUAAGGCUCUUGCUGAGUCCUGUUUUCUUACAAUAAUAUGAAACUUAAUUUUACCAAGCAGAAAAUUUUACUUUGUACCAAUUCCUUUACAUCAUGCUGAAAUCAAAGUUUUUUGU